CCAAGUCUCCGAAUUUCGACCGGUAUUGUCUCUUUAAUGGAAUAAAUAUGCGUGAAACGAUCCCCGAGUGCUUCUGGCAGAAGCGAACGUCGAAAUCAUCUCAAGUGGAGUAUUAGGAUUACUUGUGAAUGGUGAUGUGACGGACGGUUUUUCGUUUGUCAGAGCUGUCAACGGCAAGAGAGGCGAGAAUAAAAAUUUGUCACUGUCAACGAUCGUACAAAUCAACCGCCUUCUAACAAGCCACAUUAACCUCAAGUGAUUUCUAUUUUCUUACGAAAAACGCGAAAGAAAUAUGUAAUUAGUAUGUUUAUAUCGAUUUAAAGAGAGAAGGAACACACAAAAAAAGGAAGAUAUCCCAAGAGCUUAGGUUCAGAACAAGACAAAAGAUUAAGAGCUAUAUUAACUAAUAAGUGUACAAAAUAUAUCUAAUUAAAGGAGGAAGACAAGAAACAGAGAACAAACAAGUAAAUAAACAAGUCCGCCAGUGCCAAAUUGAGGAAGAAAGCAAAGUGAAAGUGAUCGUUGUAACAGAGAGAACGAGCGAGAGUAGAAUAGAAUAGAAUAAGAUUUAUUUUCAAACAAUAAAAUAAUAGAUGGCAUUUAUUUUAUCUUGGAAUAUAAAAGGAAUAAUCUUUUAGGCACGCAUAUACGCAGUGUUAUCUACAAAAUAAAUUUUCAUAAAAAAUAAAUACGAAUAAGUGCAAACGUACAGCAUUUUACGGAAGGAAGAGAGAGAGAGAGAGAGAGAGAGAGAGACCAACAGAGUAAUCCAGUGCGAGAGCAGGAACCGUAAACCAAAGAAUCUACCUAUUUUUUCUAUUAAUCAUUCAUCAAAUAUCGAUAAUCUCUCGUCAAGUGAAAUAAUAGUGAGACACAUACCGAUUCCUUCGUCAGAGCCGAUUAAUUAAACAAACCGGCACACACAAUUUUGUAGAGGUUUAUAGAAAUAGCCGUAACAUAUAAGUGCAUUUUUUAAACUGGACGCAACAUGUAACAGAUUUUCGCCAAGCGAAAGGAAGAAGAAGCAGACAAAGGGAGGAAUUAAUCAGAUUCGCUUGAAUACUCCCAGAGCAACCGAUCUACUUCAGUUCGUAGCCUAAACCUGUUGAGUACAAAACGACACAGAGCUAGAGAUAUAGAUAGACAAAAGAGAGAAAGAGAGCGAGAAACCGAGUACGAGGAGAAGAAGGAGAGAACGAGCGUAAUCGAAGGACAAAUUGCGUAGAAGACUACGUACGGCCGAAAUAUACGGGCCAAUUUCAGAUAAGUGAUAACUAUUCCAGUCCACUUCGAGCGAGGAUAUCAUCGUUGAAUCGAUAUACAACAAACGAGACACUUUUCGUCGUCACCUUCAAGUCGGAUCUCCACAAUUCUCACUCGACGGAAAUCAACGGAAAUCAAAGUGCGAUCGAUUGCGAGAAAAGCAAAUCAAUGUCGCGUAUACGAAUUUCGUUAAUUAUCCGCUCGAAGAAUAGAUAAUUUUUCGAGCCUUCGGAUCCGAAACGAACGAAUAGUUCAACGAGAGGAACCGCUCGCGCGCGAUCCUCCGGAGGUUCCGAGAGGAGAACCACCACCACAAGCGGCGACGCGUAAAAUUCACAAGCGAGGCGGAGGAGUCAAGUGGCGAUGACGUGGCGGGGAAGAUGAGCGCCGAGGUGACGAAGGAGGUCGGCGCCACCGAGAGGGUCCCGACGAGCCCUCCGGCGGCGGUCGCGACCUCACCGGGUACGGUCGGCUCUGGCGACCUGUCGGCGCGGCACCUGCCGCCCUUCAGCAGCUUCGCCGGCGACAACACGAUGGACACCUCGACGACGCUGACGACGCUUCACGCCCAGGACAUCGGGCCGGGUCUUGUGUCGUGGGAUUACUACGAGGGUCUGACAGGCCGGCUGAUCGACGUGGUCCCAGCGAGCCAGUACCGACCCUGGGAGUCGAAGGGCGGCGGUGUGGAAGGAUUGCCCAGCUUCGCGAGUCAGUUCACCGCACCGAGCGAGGCCGAACCUCAGUUGACGGCGUUGACGCCAUUAUCACCGGCGUCCAUCUCGCAUUCGCCGCCAGUUACAUCGAACCUGCCGAGCUUCCACACCCUCGGGACGCCGCUUCCGGCACCGCAUCCGCAUCGCGGAUCGGUCGGUUAUCCCCUGGUACCGGCGCCAGUACAAGCUCGAGAGGUCCCGGCGCUGCAGCAGCAGAUACUCGACGAGCGUCACAUACAGCUCUUGGGUUCUAGCCCGGUCCAAGCGUUCCCGCCACCUCCACCGGGUCAUCCGCAUCACACGGUGCUGACGGUAGUGAAGCCUGAAUAUCCGCAAUUGCAUCAUGCCAAUUUCCAAAAUCCGAUGUCGACCGUGCUGGACUCUUCGCCGACUUCGCGACCAAUCGGUAUCGACGGCCGUAAAAAGGAGCGCAGAAAAAUUCGCGCUGGUUCAAUGGAAUCGGAAGAUGGCGGCGGCGGUGGAGGUGGCGGCGGCGGUGCCGGUGCUGGUACCGGCAACGUGGAGAGUUCCGGUCAGGUCGCCGCCGUCUCGUCUACCGCGAAUCGCGGUGUGCACCAUCUCGGCGGGGGUAUAACCGACGGAGACGGUGACGGGGGCCUUGGUGACAAGCCGGCGAAGAAGAAACGGAAGAGAUGCGGAGAGUGCAUAGGCUGCCAACGCAAAGACAACUGCGGAGAUUGCGCACCCUGCAGGAACGACAAGAGCCAUCAAAUUUGCAAGAUGAGGAGAUGCGAGAAACUCACGGAGAAGAAGCACCUGUACCACCUGCAGACCGGCGAAGGGGCGUUCCGGGAGCGUGGAAGGGGACGAGGCAAAGGUGCCACGAGGAGUUACCGGAAGAUCGCACGGCAGGUCAGCACACCUGAUAGCGCACCAGCCGGUCUUGGUAGUCCGCAGGGUGGUAUCGGUGGUUUGCAGCAACAGCAUCAGCAACAGACGCAACAAUCGUUGCACCAGCCAGAUCCCAUGCAGCAGACCAAGGACAAUCUUAAUCCCGCGGCGAACCAACAAACGGGCGCCCUCAGAAACGGUAACCCGCCACCACCUGUCGUAUCUAUGUCACCCGGAGUGAUGCCGUUUUAUGGGGAUUCCGGCGCUGGUUUCCGUCCCGCGACUGGAUUUGGAAAUACAGUUUGGCAUCAGGGAGUUGGACCGGUUGGCGCCGUCGCGGUCGAAACGUCACCGGCACCAUGGCCACCUCAACAGUUCAUUCAGCAGAUUCCCGCGCCAAAUCAACUGGAGGAGUUAAGGUAUCACGCUCAGUACGGCGCCGCGGCACCUUAUCAUCCUCAGCCAGUUUCGUAUCAGCAGCAAACGUUUAUAACGACGGAUCAGUCUGCGUUUCAACGAGCCGGGACGACGGGACAAUAUGCCAUCACGGGGCAACCUUCACCGUUGGCCGCUGUUGGAGGACAGACGGUUUCGACGCCUCAGAGGCAGCUAAAUGGACAAUUUGUAGAUCCCGCGGCUACAGCUAAUCAAUCGGUUGCCUACGAACGGCAGGAUUAUGUGAAUGGCUAUCAACAACCAGACGUGACGAUGGCACCACCUCCGUCGACAACUCCGACAAGUCGCAGCAGCUCGGUGCACAUGGAUAGUCAGCAACAGCAGCAACAAGGAGGCCCGCAACAGGCACCGCAGCAGCAACAACAGCAAACUGCCGCAGAUACUCAAGUAAAGGGAUUCGCGACAAUUGCCGCCAGCAACGUGUCGGGAAACGAGAUGCCUGGGUAUCCACUUCAACCGGACCCACAGAGUUUACACAACUCUAACGGGUAUCCAGGCUAUGUGGAAAUGGGUCAGCAAUCAGCACAGAACCAAUGGCAAAUGGUUCCGCAGCAACAACAGCGACACCAUCAACAAACGCAAAUGCAACAGCCGGUGGUCGACAAUAGUCAACGACACGUAUGGUCAGACACAAGCGGAAAGAUGAACAGCAAUGUUAAUAGUAACAUGAAUUGGCAGGAGGGAACGAUGCAGCAUCCGCAAAAGCCACCACCGCAGCAACAGCAACAAAAUAUGCAAGGCAAUAUGAAGACACAAAUGGAACAACAACAAACUACUCAAAUACAACAACCGGAACUGCCAAGACCAGCGAGUCAUAUGAGCUGGGAGACUGGAAGCGUGAAGGAACCGCAAACCCCACAGUCAUGGUCCGAGAACGCUGACAAUCAGCAGCAACAAACUCAGGGAAACUGGUCGCAACAGAGUCCGAAGUUGAGGGAUCCUCAAAAUCCACGACUGACGCCAUCCAAUCAGCAACAAUCAUCUCAACAUCAAACCUGGCUGCAGCAUUCUCCGAAAUUGUCAGAUCAUCAGCACAGUAAUGCUCAACAAAAUGCGAGGAUGACGCCUUCCGCCCAACAUAGCUGGCAGCAGAAUAGUCCGGAGAUGCAAGGACCUCAGAAUCCAAGAUUGACGCCUUCUGGACAGCAGAUGCAACAACAGCAGCAGCAACAACAACAACAACAGUGGCCGCAGCAGACCAAGGUGGAGCAGAAUCCCAGACUCACACCGUCCAAUCAAAUAUCAUGGCCCGAUACGCCGACUAGUCAACCAAAUUGGUCACCAAAUAGCAUAAAAAGUGAUAAUAGUCAACAGCCGCAGCAACAGUGGCAAGACUCACAACCUAGUCCGAGACGGACCCCGAGUCAUCAAUGGCAAAAUCAGCUGCCACAGGAAAAUAAAUUGGAUAAUCGAAUGUCCUGGUCGCCAAAUUCUGUGUCGGAGAGUCAACCGAGUUGGGGGCAACAAGCGACGAAGCAGGAUAUACAAAAUUCAGGAGAAAGAAUCACGUGGCAGCAACAAACAACAGUGGAUGCCGGCAAGCCAAACGGAUUUCCGGAAAAUCAAGAUAAUCCGGAAAACAAUGUUUAUGCUCAAUCUAAUAGAAUGAAUCUCACUAGUCGAUUGAAAUCGAUGAUUUUGAACAAACAGCAACAACAACAGCAGCAGCAGCAACAACAACAACAACAGCAGCAGCAGCAGCAGCAACAACAACAACAGAUGCAGCAGCAGCAGCAACAUCAGCAAACUCAUCAACAUCAUCAGAUGCAAUCGCAACACGUUAAUACUAAUAAUGGGUCCGCUUCAGAGUAUCCAACGGACGAUCAAAUGCACGAUGCUCAUGAAAACAACGAGAAGAUGCAAGAAAAAGACACGGAACAUUUUAUCAAUCAGUCUAAUAUGAUGUCAAUGACGCAACCUAAUGAAAACUUGACCGGUAAUUUUUUAUCGCAUAGCCACCACCCUCGGGUAGAUAAUUUAUCCGACGGUGGUGGCUUAUGGGAAUGGACGGAAGGAGGACACAAUCAUAAUAAUAAUAAUAUGAAUAAUAAAGACGAUGGUAAUUCUAUGUUAACUGACAAUGGAAUGACAGUUCUCGAAAGUUUUAUGAAAUUUGCCGCGGAAAAUAAGAGUCAAUCAUGUAACAAAGACAAGGAUCAACAUUCCUGGGAGGCAGAAGGGAAAAGCAAUGAAGAUCAAGACAUCGAUGACAAAUCUUUCCAACAAAGACUAUGUAUGGAUCAAAUUGAGGACACAUCUUUCGAAGGAUCUCGGAAGAUAUCUGAUAAUGACGGAAUAAAAAAUGAUAACCUGGAUUUUCUGAAAACGACGAACGCUGUCGAUCAUUUAUCUUCUCAAGAUAUUAAUAAACUCGAUUCUGAUCGUAUAAUCAAACAAGAGAACACCGAAGAUCAUAAUUAUGUUCACGAUACGUCCAACAUUGUCGAGAAUGAAGAAGAAAAAGAGAUUACGCGAGAUUAUAAAUUUCGCGGUGAUGGUGGACCUGCGAGAGUAUCGCCGGGGACCGGUUCGUGGUGUUGUCGAAGAGGCGGGACCGAACAGCCGACUCCUGAACACCUAAAAGACGGCUGUUGUCAAGGUCUCCAAACUAAGGACGAAAUAUUGGCCGAUUCACCAGAAAAAUCCGAAGUAAAGAACGAAGGACCACACAGUCCGCGUACCCCAACUACGACCACUGUGACCACAAAAUUGCAAGAUCACUUGGACAAACUGAAGAACAAUGUCAGGACGGAAGUGCCGGAUUGCAACUGCUUCCCCGCCGAUAAAUGUCCGCCAGAGCCUGGUUCGUACUACACUCAUCUUGGGGCGGCUGCAAGCCUGCCUGACCUUCGGAAUGAUCUCGAACGAAGAACCGGCCUUAAGGGCGACGCGAUAAGAUUCGAAAAGGUCGUCUAUACUGGCAAGGAGGGCAAAACCACACAAGGGUGUCCUAUGGCCAAAUGGAUUAUCCGACGAUCCGGUAUCGACGAGAAGAUCUUAACUGUGGUGAAGCAUCGUCAAGGCCACAAGUGUCCAACUGCCUGGAUUGUCGUAUGUAUGGUUGCCUGGGAAGGAGUGCCGACUCACGAAGCAGAUCGUAUCUAUACUCUCUUAAGUCACAAACUCAAUCGAUUUGGUCUUCCAACCACCAGACGAUGCGGUACUAAUGAACCGCGGACUUGUGCAUGUCAAGGACUCGAUCCCGAUACUUGCGGCGCCAGCUUUUCGUUUGGUUGUUCCUGGUCAAUGUAUUACAAUGGCUGCAAGUAUGCCAGAAGCAAAACCGUCCGAAAAUUUCGACUGUCUGUACGAUCAGAGGAACAAGAAGUCGAAGAAAGAAUGCAUGUUCUGGCAACCCUUUUGUCACCUUUGUAUCUUAGCCUUGCACCGGAAGCUUUCAAUAAUCAAACUCAAUUCGAGCGGGAAGCGAGCGAAUGUCGUUUAGGAUUUAAACCAGGUCGACCUUUUUCCGGUGUUACGGCUUGCAUUGAUUUCUGUGCACACGCCCAUCGGGACCUACACAACAUGAAUAACGGAUGUACCGUGGUAGUUACUUUAACAAAGCAUCGAACAUUAUCAAAACCCGAAGACGAACAAUUACACGUAUUACCUCUUUACAUAAUGGACGAGACAGAUGAAUUCGGUUCGAAGGAAGGUCAGGAGAAGAAAAUUCGUUCCGGUGCUCUUGAAUUUUUAACCAAAUAUCCAUGUGAAGUUCGCGUUAGAUCAGUACCUCUUCAGCCUUGCAGACGUCAUGGUAAGAAAAGGAAAGAAGAAGAACCUGAUAUUCAGACUAAUAAGAAGGAUACAGUUAAGAUCAUGGCGGAAAAAAUGGCAGAUUCCGGGCGUUCGCCAGGUCACGUGGAUUCUUGUAAGCCACAGUCACAAUUAACUUUGGAGAUGACGCCCAUGUUCGAGGGAAUUGACGCUCAAUUGCAGAGCUCUCAGGUAUCAUCUACAGUCUUAGAUAGUCCAGUAUCUAUGUAUCAAGGAUGGGGAACGUAUCAAAGUGAGCAACAGUGGAAUCGGAAUGGCUGGCUAGAACAGCGUAAAGGCAACUGGCUGAAUCCAUGGGGAGAGUAUCCUUCGUUUGGUGGUUUAGAAAGAGAUAUUAAAGUAGAUCCAGAUAGUACCAGUUUGGAUGAUAUUAGGCCUAGGAGUACUGUUUCUCAAGAAGAGGCCCAUCGACCAGGUUCCAGAAAUCUACCUAACUCUACAAUGGAUUCAGCCAGAGGAUGUUAUGGAAAUUCACCUAGAAGUCAUCCUGUUUCGCCUCGUUCGCAUAUGAAUGUAACGGGAGAGGUAUCCUAUGGCGCAUCACACAGAUGUACCAUGACGUCUCAAGAUCCAAAGAUGAUCCCGUCAAAAAUGUUGGAACAUUCGACUAUAGAAAAUAAUUACGAUUAUCAAAUGGCUUCCGGUAUGUACGCUGCUUCUAUCAACGGGCAAAAUGAUUGUUCUUCCUCAAAAAUUGGCUCUUUCAAUUCAUCGCUUGGAAUGGAGAUCGCACAUCGGAACACUCCAUCUAAAAUGAAUCAACCAAUUCACGCACGCAAUACGGGACAAGAUUAUAUCAACAAUCAACUGAGAUUACCGUCUCCUAAAUAUACUGGAGAUUUUAGUCUACAGAAAUACCCGGAUGGGAUGACACAAAAUUAUAUAGAUGCUGAAAACUGUAUGAAAUCACCAUUAUUGAGAUCACAAUCUGAGCAAAUAAUUACAAAUAAAAUGCAACAUUUUUCUCCAUCGAAACAAAUACAAUCAUCCAUCCAAAAUUCUGGUCAUCACAAUCAAUAUUGUGAUGGCAAUACUUCAAAUAUAUUUUCUUGCAUAGACAAUAAUAAAUCUAUGGAGGCUCUGAACUCAGGUGUUUUGGGGCAUAAUUCGUUGCAUUUGCCAGAACAGCGAAACGAUGCGCAAUUCUCAUCAAAUGAUCAGCGAAAAUUUACUUAUCAUGCGCAAAGACAAUUGGAACCGAAGCCCUUCAUGGGUAGUUACCCUCCAUCUUCGUCUUCCGAUCAAGUUUCUUGCCCGCAGAAUUGGAAUAUGGCGAAUUCGUGGUGUCCUAAUCAAAUUAAAAAUUCACAACAAUUCAACGAUCAACAAAUAAAUGAUAAAAAAAUCUGGAUCGGCAAAACUCAAACAAGACCGGACCAAACUAAAACUGCUGCUUGGGAAACACCGUCUGAACCGUCACCAUUCCGAGUGCCAAGAGGAAGACCACCUUCGCGAACGAUAUCCAACCAGAAUCCUUCUGCGGAACCCAAUGCAUAUCCAAAUUCUUUAACCAGAACAUUCUUGAAACCUCCAGAAUCUAAACCAACUUUCCCAGAUGCUAGCAAUUCGGCCCAAAACGGAUUUGUAUCUAAUCAAUUAAAAGAUAGUUGCACGGAAGAUAAAUUACGAGACGGAUUUUAUGACAACAAGCAAGACAUGUCCAAUUCCAAUCCGAAUUCUUUAGCAUGGACUGAAGAGGUGAAACAGGAUUUCCAUAUGUCUGGUUUGGGUCAUCAUACUUUUCCUCAAUACGGAUAUCCGACUUAUCCGGUAUUUGAAAAAUCUUACGCAAACUCAUGGGAAGGUUAUAACUAUGGUCAUCAUCAAUCGUAUCAGCCUCCGGAACAAUUCUACCAGCAACCAAAGCGCGAAGGUUGCUUCCACUCUUCUCAAUAUCCGUAUCAGGGCCUGAAUCCAACGUAUCAAGGCUUGAAUUCUACUUGGACGAGAUGGGAUACGCCACGAUGGGAUAUUUACGGGCCACCACCUUAUUUCCCGGUUCUACCAGAGCCUCCUCCGAAGGCAGAGCCACUCGGAGAAAUAACAGAUUAUUCCGAGAACGAGGAAUGCUUCAAGGAUCCACAAAUGGGUGGUGUCGCGAUCGCUCUUAGUCAUGGUAGUGUACUUUUCGAGUGCGCAAAACACGAGAUGCACGCCACUACUGCAUUAAGAAAGCCCAAUCGACUCAAUCCGACUAGGAUUAGCUUGGUAUUCUAUCAACAUCGCAAUCUAAAUAGACCCAGACAUGGUUGGGAUGAGUGGGAGGAAAAGAUGCGACUGCGAAAAUUGGGUAUUACGACAUCGACCAGCGGUUCAUCCGUGUCAACCAACUCCUCCUCGACUCCAACCACCGCGACAAGUCCCGGUAGUACGACGAACGAGAAAACGAUGCCACUUCCACCACUUUCGCACAUUCCAAAUGUUCCUAGCUCACAGUUCAUGAUGAGAUCACCUACUUAUACCACGAUGACUUGGACGACGCUCUUUCCGAUGCACCCGUGCAUGAUAACUGGACCGUAUCAAGAAGGCGGUGCAAUUGGAUGAGUCGAGGUCGGACGGUACAGCUUCGAUCGUCGAUGACCGAAGCUUGUAUCGAGAUAUGCCAUCACCAAAAAUUAAAUCGUCCGAGGGAUCCGAGAUGUAAGAUCCUGAGGAAGAAUCGCGACGAAUCCGAUCAAGGAUGAAAUAACGAGACGGCGAUUUUACCACGAGAGGCUUUAUAUUGUUAUUAUCGUUAUAGUUAGUUAUUCCGAAAAACGAGAAACACACACUUUGCACUGCCAUUUUUCUAUUUCGAGUUUUACGCAAGAUUUAAACAUAGCAACAAAAACGUGCUUGAAGAAAGUCUCGCCGGGUGUGAUCGCAUCACCCUUCGUCGGGGCUCGCGUUUUAUACUGACUUUUUACUGAGUUGAACUCGAAAGAAGUUCUCGGUAAUCGAGGCUACAAAAUCGAGACAAUGAUGAUUGAUCGAGGCUAUUGACGUAUCAGGAAAGCUGCGCCUUGCGAAGACUUUGAUACGAACAUUUUCGUAUUCUCUGACCCUGUACACUUUAAGUAAUAUCGCUACAUAUAACGAUUUCGUGUUGGUAGAAUUGUAAUCUUACUAGCUAGUCGAAGUCUAGAUGAUGAAUCACGCGAUGUCACACGUACACAUAAAAGCACACAUUAAACGUACAUGCACACUCCAAGGUAUCCAAGGAAAACUUGCACGACGUGAUCUCAGAAUUAUCGCACCUUUCCAAGACUUCGUGAAAAAAAUAGAA